GUCAUGUCAGAUAUCAAAGGCUAUGGGUUUAUAGCCUACCACAAGGAUGUUAGUCUUAAGUGACACCGGAAGACCUGUAGAGGGGGUAGUCCCAAUUCCAGGUGAACACUUGUUGCGUCGUCUGUAGGAUUGCAACUAACCCAUAUUUCCAAACUAGCCUAAUUUACGCUCGUAAAAAAAACCUGUACUGUUAGACAGUUAGCUGUCCUUUGAACUGCGCUGAUCCGGUUCCUCCACAAUAGCUCUGGAUAAAAGGCAACGGUGUGUAGGGCCUCCCUGUUGCUAUCGCUCUGUUUGUAUGGAUAUAAACAGAAACAGGAGACAGCGCCGAGUUUUUUUCACUCUCUCUUUCUUUGCUAUCGUCAUGAUGAACUGCACCUUCUUUUUUUUUACCUAACCAGCGCUCGCAGUGUUGUUCCUGUACUGCAUGACUGUUGCUCGGCAACACGAAGGCGUGUCCACCGGCGGUGAUUUAAGCUGUAGGAAACCCUUUUUCGCUGUCACUUUGUCAGUUCAGUCUGUACUCCGGUCCCUGUAUGGCAGCAGCAUUGCUAGGGAGACGAGGGAAUCCCCGCGUGUCGCCUCACUCCUGAUCAAUUUGUAUCAGUGUUACCAGGCUUGGUUUGUUCGUCUCUCAUUAUGCCUGUUCCAUUCGCCGCGUCCGCAGGCAUGGCUUGGAGUGAAGUAUAGCCCAGUAUCAUCUCGGACUGUCAACCGGUGUAGAGUACACAACCCAUGCUGUACAAUAACCGGUGUAUUUUACAGAAGAGGAACAAAUUAUACUUUUAUUGAUGAGGUGCGGGGUGUUUUUCUGUUUGACUAUCCAGCAUUUUUGGUUGCCAUAAUAAAGACAGUGCGCCUGGAUUCUAAUAGCCUAUUCAAUACUUUGGGAAAAAAGACUACAAGGAUUUAUACUGAUAUAUUUUUUUCUUUUUUUUUUUGUUCAUGCAGGCAACCACCAAGUGACUUGGAUAAUAUGGCACUGAGCGGGACGCUUUUGCCAUCCAUAUCCACAUUUGCAAGCGGUCCGACUGUGAAGAAUAAAUCCAUGGGACAUGCGAAUUUGAGAUGGAAGGACGAGCUUUCCCACCUGAAGAGGAGUAGCUGCUCUGACCAGGAUAUAUCCACUGCAAUGGCAAAGAAAGAACCAGAAGACCUCGACCUACUGGACUACGACUUUAUCCUGUCCAACACCAUGCUACAACAGCAGCAGCAGGCUGAAGCUAGGGUUGCCGGCGGGUCCCACAACCUGUCCCCUUCCUCUGGCUCCUAUUCUUCCUACCAGCUCCCCUCGCCCCAGGACUCUGCCCACAGCGAUUUGCUGUACACCCUCCCUGACAUCAGCGAUGUGUCCCCCUCCGGGGGUUUCGUGGCCGAGCUGAUGAGGCCUGAGCUGGACCCGGCCUACCUGAACCCAGCCAGCCUGCAGGGCAGGUUUGUGGUGAAGACCACCAUGGACAUGGCUGAGUACGGCCACAGCAUACUCGUGAGCAGUAAGGCCGGUGUCAGCGCUGCCGUAGACCCCUCCCCCUCCUCCUCCCCACCGUUCGCCUGCCACAGGAUAAAGCAGGAGAACCCCGGCACGUGCACAAUCUCCCGACCCAUGGACCUCCAUCUUGGGGGGAGCUCCCACUCCCAGCCCAGAGGGGGUCAGAGGUCCCACAUGGAGCCCCAUGUUUUUUCCUCGGGCGGGCGUCCAAUGACCGCCAGCCGCUCAAACUUGCCUCUAUCGCCGGACAACACACACGGAAGGGAUCAGCACACCUCCAGCCAGGUGCUAAGCCACCCCCAGAUCCCUCUGCCUGGGCCGGGCUACCACCACACCUCACCAACAGGCUAUUCUCCCUUCCCCCAGCAGUCCGGGCCCAUGCACUACCAAGGUCAGUUCAACUUCGAUCUAAGUGUUUUUGACCGAGAGCCUUUUCUAAACGACAUUGCUGACAUGCCGCCUCUCGACUCGGAGGUGAUGACGAUGACGAUGAUGUUCAUCACUCCGCCUUCUUCGCCCCGUCUAGAGCUCAUGUCCACUGGAGGAGACUGUCUGCCAGAGGAGCCCAAACCCAAACGUGGCAGGCGCUCCUGGCCUAGGAAGAGAAUUGCUACACAUACGUGCGACUACGCUGGCUGUGGGAAAACGUACACCAAGAGCUCCCACCUCAAGGCACAUCACAGAACGCACACAGGAGAGAAGCCAUAUCAUUGUGAUUGGGAGGGCUGCGGUUGGAAGUUUGCCCGCUCGGACGAACUCACGCGUCACUACCGGAAGCACACCGGGCAUCGCCCGUUUCAGUGUGCCAAGUGCGACCGGGCCUUUUCAAGGUCUGACCACCUGGCGCUACACAUGAAGAGACACCUAUGAGACGGAUGCUGGACUAACCCCAGGGGCCAAAAGCGUUGUUAUUAUAACACAUCCCAACCUGAACUUGUGACCAAAAACCAUACAAACAUUGCCUUUUAGCCAUUAUCAAAGCAUCCAGACAAGCUGUGAUUCACGGCAAAGUGUGUUACACUCGACUAGGGUCAAAGCCUUUGACUAAAGACUGUUUAUCAUUCGUCGAUAUGUUCGCAGUCUAACAAUAGAACAGCACCCUCAGAACAAUCUUAUUUGUGGGACAAAACUGGAAUUUAUCAUCUAUUUAUCGACAAAACUUGGAGGACCAGGUGCCAACAUUUGACUGGAAUGGUAUUAGUAAUCAGGGAACAAGAAGCUCAGACAAACAUUUAAAAAGACAUACUGGAACACAUCGUAAGUGGCCUUCUAUCUGUACUAUCAGCAACAUAGCAUUUGUCUUUGUUUGUCAAGUUAAUUAUGUUCAACAUUCUGUAUUAAGAAAGCAUAUUUAUAUUACUCUACUUCCAAGCCAUUCAUUUCAGGUACAAAUUAAUUUAUGUUACAGAAUGGUGCUCAAAGAAUAUAUUUUAAAAGGUACCAAAGAAUAAAAAGAAAAACGAACACAGUUUAAAAAAACAUCAAAGUGCCAUACGUUUGUUCUGUAUGUUUCUUGGAGAUGUCUCUUCCAGAAUUUGAAUUUAAUCAGGUAAAUACUUUGCUCCUCAUUGUUGAUGGAUCUGAAAGCACUGUGGUCGCAAAGUGCAAUAAUGUCUUAGGAGAAAUUAGUAACUCUGAACAAAGUUUGUUUAUAGUCAAAAUAU